AUGAUUGCAUCGAAUUUAUUUUCAUUCUUGGCGAUCGAUGGUAAUACAACAUCAAAUGUAGUUUUGGAAAGUCAUACUCGAUUUGUUAUUUCAUUACUUUUAACUUCACAUAAUUUAUUAAAUAAGAAUAAUGAAAUACGACAAGUAGCAAUUACUGCUCUUAUGAAUUUUUUCGAAGUACCUGACAGCAAUGAAAUUCAUCAAGUAGUCGCGUAUGCUCUUGGCUAUGUAUGUGAUGAACAAACAUAUAAAAUUUUAUUUGAAAAAAUUGUAUUCGUGAUGAGCAGCAUGUGUGAUCAGACUUCUAAUUAUUCUAAUGUUUUAACUGCACUAAUUUCAAGUUAUUGCCAUUACAUUUCUGUGAACAAAAUUGCAUUUGAUCAAGAUGAUUUGGAUUUAUUCUGUAAUUUGUUAAAACAUGAAUCUCAGAAUAUUUCAAAAGCAGCUCGUACAGGACUUGGUCGUGUGCUUCGAGAUACAUCAUUUUUACUUGAAAUGCUUAGCCGUGAUUAUAUACAAUGUUACCAUGCAUUAAUGGAAUCGUCUGCGUUCUUAUAUCUUUACGAUGUUCAACAAAAUCGUGAAAAUGCUAUUGCAGAGUUUAUCGAAGAGCACCCUACUCUUUUAUCAAUCUUUAUAGUUGAGUUGUACAAUAGUAUACGUGGCUUUACUAGUAGAGCAUUACAGAUGGCAGACAUAAAUUUACAUUUACCUUACGGACAUCCUCCAUAUGUGAACAUUGCUAGUUUAAUCGCUUUACGUAUGCCAGCAGUGUUUUGUACUUUUAUUAAAGACUGGUCUGAUGGAGAAAAUUUGAAACGUGCAUUGUUCUAUGCGAGUAAACAACAUAAUUUUCCACAACGUGCUGCUUGCUUAACAAUUCUAUCGCUGUUCGGUGAGUUAACAGUUGAUCUAUGUGAAAUGUUCAUUGAAUCUGUUCACGAUGAUCCAUAUGUUCAAAAUACUUGUUAUAAAUGCAUAACUCGUAUUCAUUGCAUUAAAGAUGAAAAAGUUGUUUUAAAUUUUUUAUUAUCUUAUUUGAAAUCAAAAUCUAUGAAUGUUCGGUAUAUUACAAUUAAAAUACUUCUUCAUCUUGUUCAAACAUCUCUUAUUCCAUCUAAGCAAAUUCUAACUGUAUUGAAUGAUCUUAUGUUAGAUUCUGGUUCGAACGAAAAUCUAUGGUUAAUUAAAGAGCAAGAUGGUCUCUUGGUGAAUUGUCAAUAUUAUUAUGCUGGUUCGUUGAAAGAUGUUAUUUAUUCGCUUCUAAUUCAGUAUAUAACCGGACAUGUUAGUGAUAAUAUUCAAAGAUAUGAAUUCAAUAAUAUUGAUUUGGAUUUUAUUGAAUCUGAAAAAGCAUCCCACUUCGCUACAUGUAUCUAUGAGGAAAGAACUACAACGAACAUUGAAUAA